GUGGGAACGCUGAGGGGAGGCUGUUGGUGACAUCCUGUGCCGGGGUGGAGAGGCUGAGGAGCUGAGGAUGAAGGCCGCUUUGCAGAGGCGUGGGCUCUUCUCAAGCAUCCUGGCACAAGGCUGCAGACCAUAUUGACUUGAGUUGGGCUUUGGGGGAUCCAUCCUAGCAAGAGGCAACAGGGGUGAGCUUUCAGAUGCAGGCGCUGACACUUUUUGGAUGGUGAAGGUUACUGAGAUCCAGGAUUUUUAUAACCAUGUUCUGUAUUGCUACGGUCUACUUAGGAAGAAAAAUACAGAUGUUAUUUCCCUUUGCGUAACUGAGACUACUUAUCAGAAAGCCAUUAAUUGCACGCUUUAAUUCCUGCCCUGUGCUGGGCUGGCAGGCACUUCAGCAGCUCGCUUAUAAAAUCUGUGUCCCAGAGAAAACAGAGCAGCUUCUGUAAAACAAUGUCACCCAGAAGUGCGUGUUAUCACCGAAGAUUCAAAAUGUGAAAAACCCAACCAAACAGGUCUGUGCAUCAAGCCCGGACCAAAGAUGAAAUGCAGAACACAUCAGACACACCUGAGUCUUUGCGUGUCCCUGAACCGCACAAACGGGUGCUGAAACGUGCCAAGGGAUGGCCUAAAAUUAGAGCCCCAUGACCUGGCAUCACUGAGGUUCCUCCCUGCUGGUAUUUGAGCGGCCCCCAGGUGCCCAUGACACCAACUCACACCACCUUUUGUCUCCCACACAGUGCUUUUAGGCUUGGGGAACUCAGGCUCUCAUUGGGCACUUGUUUACAUCUGUGGGGACAUUGAGGGUCCCACGAGGGGAGGCAGUGCACCCAGGUCUUCCUUCCUGUUACUCUUUCAUGCACUGCAUUGUGCCUGGGCUGCUGGUGGUGAAGUCUGCACAGGCAAAGGAUGCUUUAGGAUAUCAGGAUAGAGUGCAGUCAUUUAUUUCCAUUAUUAGGAGGGAAAGGUUCCCAUUUUAUACUCUACUCUGGUCUCCGUAUCCUUGUUGUUGGUGUCUGUUUUGGCUGCAUGAUCUGAACGUCGUGACACAAAAUGAAACCUUUCAAGAAGUUUGGAGUGUUUGUGAGAAUGUGCUCUGAACAAAUCGUGGUAACAAGCACUGUGAGCAAAGUGCGCUUCUGAAACCAGGGGGAGGAUGUGUUUGUGCAGCAAGUGUGGAAGGGAAAAUGCCAUCUUAGGGUGAAAGGACCGCAGUGAGGAAUGCCCAGUGACAGGGCUGUCAGAGAAUGGGAAAAAGCAGAACUUAAACUGUAGGAGCUCUCAGCAAGGCUGAAUUUCAAGGAAAUAUAGGAAGAGAUCUAAAGGAUAAUCACAUUCUAUGUUUUCACUUGGCUUGUAAUGCGUCAUUUCCCAUCCUUGAUCUACUUCUAAUGCUACUUUGACUUUGAGCUUUGAUAAGAAAUAACUUUCCCAUUGCUUGUUUAAAAACCUGCCUGGUGCCACUGACCUGGUUGGAACCAGCAAAGAGGGGUGAGCGCAGCGCUGGACGGAGCCAGCAGCAUGGCAGCUGCGUGCUGUGAGGCAGUCAGAGACGUGGUGCUGCAGUGGCACUGGCAGCAGUGGGGUGACGGCAGACACUGCUCCCUCUUGUCCUGUCAGCGACGUCCUGCCUCUACCCUCCUCCUCCACCCCACGUGCUGCGUGCGGUGCUGCAGCGGUUCCCUGUACGGCAGCGAUGCAGAAGCGCUGCUGCCUGGUGGGAGAUUCUUCCCUGCCCCUGGCACUACUGCAGGGUCACGAGGGUUCCCAAAAUAGCAGAGAGAUCUGAGCCGUUCCCAGCCCGAGCCAAGCAGGGCUGUGACAUGUCCCUGCUCCCAGACAGGCGGUGCAGAGCACGGCGCUGGUGGGGCUGUGCCACAGGCUGUGGAGGCAGCGGGUCCGGCCGUGGCUCCGACUGCAGGCUGGGCUCUACAUCAUGGGCAGUCCCAUGGGCAGAGGGGCUGAGCAGCGGGAGCCCAUCUGCACACGGAAGGCAGAGGGCCCAGCCCAGGCCUUCUGGCAGGCGCUAUUGGCAGGGGAGCAGGGGGUUGUGGACGACCUCCUCAGCCACCCUCAGCACCAGCUCAGCCCCAGCGCGGUGUUUGACACCAGUGACCUGGAGGAGUGGAGGAACUACCGCUUCAAUUUCCGUGGGCUGAGACUGUGGUCUCUGAGCUACGAGCAAGAGCUCACCACACCACUACACAUCACAGCCAGCCGGGGCUACACAGACUGCCUGCAGCUCCUGCUGCUCAGGGGUGCUGCCGUCAACUUCGCACCGGGGGGUAAGACUGCCCUGCACGAGGCUUGUGUGGCAGCCAGCACUGACUGCGUGCGCCUGCUGCUCAGCUUUGGCGCUGACCCUGAGGCUGUCUCUGAGGAUGGCUACAAGCCUCUGCAUCUCUGCAAGAGUCCAGACUCCAUCAAGUGCGUUCAGCAGCUGCUGAAGCACGGUGCCCAUGUAAACAGCCGGACGGAGGAGGAGGAGGACAUAGCGCUGCACGUGGCAGCACGGCACGGCCUCCCCGAUCACGUCCAGCUGCUGCUGCAACACGGAGCAGAGCUGGAGGCGAGGAACGAGGAGGGGCAGACGCCGCUGAAUGCUGCCUGCGCACAGCCACACUCGCCCCGGGACAUGGAGCGGUACUACAAGGUUUGCCAGCUGCUGGUGGAGAGCGGUGCCAGCGUCAACGCUGCUGACAGGGACCAUCAGCACCCACUGCACUUGGCCUGCAAGAACGCCAGCGCUCAGAUAGCAGAGCUGCUGCUGGCCCGGGGUGCAAACGUCAACAUCAUGAACUACAGUGGCAACACAGCCCUGCACAACAUCCUGCAGACAGCUGCCUACAAGCUGGAGCACCAUCCCGAGCUCGUGGUGCGGACCCUGCUCAACUACGGGGCCAUCCGCAUCUGGCCUGGCUCCCUCCUCAAGGUGCUGCGGUACUGCAAUGCCUGCCCGCGUGCCAUCGAGGCCCUGAUGAACUGCUACGACCACGUGCGUGUGUCUGAAGAGUGGGUGUCGGCGGUGCCCGCAGAAGUUGUGCAGAAGUACCCCCGUUUCUACCAGUCGCUGUUCUCCCUGCAGCAGAGGCCCCGCUCCCUGCAGCACCUGGCCCGCUGCGCACUCAGGGCCUUCCUGGAGGGCCGGCUGCUCCCGGUGCUCUCCCAGCUGCGCCUGCCCAGCGCCCUGCACCGCUUCCUGCUGCUCAGUUUCGAGGACGUUCUCUACUGAGUGCGUGGCCCUACAUCCCACUGUGUCCUUCUGUGCAGAUUUUACAUCCUUCCCGCUGAUCCCUUCCCUAUUGCUGCCAGCGCCUCUGCUGUGCUGUCCCUGCCAUCCCUGCGUGCUGCCUCCCGUUCCUCUGGAGUGCUCCGUGCACCCACACUAACCAGGACGAGCUCCAGACUCACCAAGAAAAGCAAGAGAUGAGGCUCAGGGCAUUUUGUGGAUCGGGGAAACGUGCUGGAUUGAUCUCAGCUUUGUUGUAGACCAUCCGCCUUCCUAUCCCAAACCUACAAAUUCUAACCCGACCCAGGCUGCUUUCUGUCAUGGACGUCUGUUGGAUCUUAUCUUUUGUCAUGUUUACAGUCUGUACACAAGGCUUUUUGGAAUAAUCACUAAUAAAUGCCAGCCUACAACUUCUGCCCUGCCUUGCAGACUGUCCCAGCUCAGUGUGACAGCUGUGCACAGCAGCUCAUGUACUCAGACCUACGCGUCCAUCUGCUCCUCUGAGGACCAGGGACGAAGGGUGCUGGGCAUGGAGCUGAGGCCUCCUGAAUGCACUCUUCCCAUGCAGGUGCAGUGUCUGGAUUUGCCUGGCCUUGCAGCUUAGAGCAGUGCUUGUGCCAGCUCCAGGAGUGUGGGGCGAGGAGGAACCGUGCCCUGGGCACAGAGCAGCCUGCCCCUGUGCCCCCAGCCACUGACAGCCCAGUGCGGGGCCACGCACAGCUCAUGCUGCACUGUGAGAAAGGUAAAAGUAGCAUCUACUUCUGUGAUUUUAAGUCAGUGCUGUCAAGGCUAACCAGCUCCUAGCUAUUUGCUGGAAGUUAAUUCCAUCCUGUCACUGCCUCAGGGAGUGCCUGGGCUGCUGCUGUCUGGCAGAGUAUGUGCUAGGACAGCACUGUGAUCACUCCUCUUUGUGCAGUGAUCUUCUGAAGCCUCUGAAUAUCCACACUGGUCCCAGGGCACAGGGACGUGCAGAGCUGAAGGCUGAGCAGUGGGACAGACCUCUGCCUCUGCCUGGACACAGAGCGUAGCUCUGCUCCCCGUCACCACUGCCUUGCACAGCCAGUCAAUGCUGCUCUGAAGUAGUGAGCCUGACAGAACGGUGAGCUGUGGUGUGCCAUUCCUUGUGUGUUUGCACCAGGGAUGCAUCACGCACAGCGUGGUUGCUAACGGGACACAAUAUGGAUGUGCUCUUAGGCUCACAGCGUGUGCCAGGAAGCUGGCUGCAGAGUCUGCAUGGCCAGGUAACGUGGUCACAGCAUAGAGAUGAUGUAACCCAAAAAGGAUUGACAGCUUCCUUUAUGGCAUCAGUGGGCAGGGAGAGGAGGUGAUUUCCCACAACUGCCUACAAAACAGCAGGAGGAGAGCAAGGGAGUGAGAGCUUUUGAAUACAUGGGAUAGCAGCCCCUGCUUGUAGCACGUUUCAGGAGUGCACUGCCUUGAACCAGAGCUGGAACCCAGCAUGAAGUCACCACCUCUCUGCUGGCCAAGCUCACAUGGCUGCUCAGGGUGAUUUGUUUAUGGGAGCAAGUCCCAUAGCCUAAUUCUUGCAAUUCGAACCACUUUUUAUAGUGGUUUAUAGUUUGGUAUGAUGCAUCUGUGGUUGGAGGAAGGACAAAAUAGGAGGGCAUGUCUUGUGGUGAUGGUGUGGAUUUGGGUUGCCUUAAGCUGGCUAGACAUCCUUGGUAUGGAGGCAGCCUACAGAGCAGUGCAUAUGGGUUUGGUUUUUUGUUUGUUUGUUUGUUUGUUUUAAUUUUAGUUUUGGCUGAGUUGAAAAAGACCACAGUGC